AUGAAGUGGUGGGCUCUUUUUAUUUACCUAUUCACCAUAUCGUUAUCAUUUGUUUAUGCGUCCGAAUAUUCAAAACGGUUGAGUGCUAAGAUAUCAUCGGUCAUUUCCCCCAAAUUCUACAAUAAUCACAGUAAUAAUAAAGGAGAUGAUGUAAGCAAUGGAGCCCAUGGACCAUCUAGUAGUAAAGUGUUUGACAAUUAUGUUUAUGCAGUAACGCCCGAUUUUCAUGUGCAACAGCAAAUGAAACAACACCAACAUCAACAACAACAACAACAAACCAACGAGGCUAAUCAACCACCACCAUCUCCCAAACAAUACGAGCUUCCACCGUCACCUAUGAUCUACCCACCAAAAUUGCCUUUUCCACAGUGGUUAACUGAUUUCACGGGAUUACAUGAAUGGCCCGGGUUGGAUCCACCUUACAUCCCAUUAGAUUUCAUUGAUUUCAAUAAAAUUGUGCCUGUGCCCCUUCACAAUCAAGCAUCGUGUUCACAACUCCAAUUACGGUCACCCGCCAGUUGUUCAUUUGAUUGCUUCAAUUGUGUUGAAUUUGAUGAUGUUUAUACGUGUCCCAAACUCUCACAAACAUUUGAUGAUGGACCUAGUCCCUAUACUCGCAGUUUACUUGCGGCAAUGAACAAGACGCACACCAAGACAACAUUGUUUACAUUGGGCGUCAAUAUUGUGCGGUUCCCCGAUAUUUACCAUGAUUCAAUAGCUGCAGGACAUAUAAUGGGGUCGCAUACGUGGUCGCACAAGUUUCUCCCGGCAUUGUCAAAUCAGGAUAUUAUUGCCCAGAUUGAAUGGCUGAUUUGGAGCAUGAAUGCAACAGGGUUCCAUUUGCCCAAAUGGUUUCGACCACCUUAUGGUGGCAUUGAUAAUCGGGUGCGGUCUAUCUUAAGGCAGUUUGGCAUGCAGGCGGUUCUUUGGGAUUUCGACACAUUUGAUUGGAAGAUGCUUGAUCAUUCAAAUAGGAGAACGGAACAGGAUGUGUAUCAUGAUGUGAAGCGUUUCAAACAGGAACGUGGUGGCACGGGGCUCAUUUUGGAACAUGAUGCUAUACAACGUACGGUGGAUGUGGGGAUUGAGAUUUUGCAACUGAUUGUUGGUGGUGGUGAUAAACAGUUGACGGUGCCGCAGUGUGUCGGGGGAAUAGAUUAUAUCAAGUCGUUUCCGAGAACAGUGAAGUGA